AUGAACAAACUAAUAGUCAAACAAGAAUCAAUUAUUUCAUCAAUACCACCACAAACAUUUACAAUUAUAAAUAACUUAUUAAUUUAUUAUACAGAUAAGUAUGUUCAUGUAUAUGAUAUGAUAUUAAAUAAGAUUGUUAACAAACAUUACUAUGAAAACAUUCAAAUUAUCAAAUCUUAUAAUAAUUUGAUUUAUUUGUGUAGUAAUGAUAUUUAUAUAGUUGAUAGUAACUUUAAAAUUAAAGAGAUAGUUAAGAUUAGUAAAGUUAACAUUACAAACAUUCAUUUUUAUAAUAAUUAUAUGAUGAUAUCAAAAUUGGAUAAUUUAUAUUUUUAUAGAUUAAAUGAUUUGAAGUUAAUUUCCAAAUUUGAAUUUAAUUUACCUGAAAGAUUGUUUAUUGCUAAUGUAAAUUCAAAUAAAUCAGAUGUUGGUAUUAUGUUUGGUUGUUAUAAUAAUACUAAUCUAAUUUUAUUUAAAGAUAAUAAGUGUGUUUAUAAUAGUGAUAUAGAUGAUAUUUUAUUUUUAUUUAAUCAAUCUGAAAGUUUAUUUUUACUUUCUAAAGAAGGUAAGUUAUUAAAAGAUUUUAAAGAAUAUAAAAAUUUUGAUAAAAAUUUAAUUCAAGCUAAACUAAUUGAUAAUCAACUAGUGAUGUAUGAUGAACAGAAUAAUUUUAUAGUUACAGAUAAUGAUUUUAACAUAACAAAUACAAUUAAUUUACAAUCUGUUUUAAACAAUGAUAGAAGUAAUAAAAAAAUUAAAUUAAAUCAAGACAUCUCAACUUUAUUGAAAAUAGUUGAUUUCAAUGAAAGUUAUUUAUUAACAUCAGAUCAUGACAUCAUAUUACAUGAGUCGUUUUUAAGUACCAGAAUAUUUAUGUUUAAUAAUUCAGUAACUAAUUUUAUUAGUUAUAAGGAGUAUUUCAUAAUAAGUACAAAUUCAGGUUGUAUUAAAUUUACAAACAAUAUGAAUAGUGAUAUUUUUGAAGGUGAUAUUAUACUUGUUGAUGAUAAGGUUUUAACAUCAAUGAAAUCAUAUCAAUUAGAAGAUAGUUUAAUAAUUUACAUUGGAUCUAAAUCAGGUAAGGUAUUUAAAUACCAAAUCAAUGACAGGGGUAUUAAACAAAUUGGAUUGAUAGAAUUUAAUAGUUCAAUAAGUUCACUUAACUGUAAUAAGGAAUUACUUUGUGUAUCAACUUUUAAUAAUGAUUUAAUUGUGAUAAAAAAUAAUGAACAAAUUUUUAAUGAAAUCAUUCAUAAUAAAGAAAUAACUGAUAUCUGUUUGAGUGAUGAUUAUAUAAUUACAUCUUCAAAUGAUAAAACAAGUAAGAUUUUUGAUAAAAAUAAUAUGAAAUAUGUAACUGUAAAUAGUAAUGAUAAAAUUUUAUUUAGUAUCACUAAUCAAAUUUAUAUUGCCAUAUUUAGCUAUAAAUAUUUAAGAAUAUUUGAUUAUAGGAAUUUAACUUUAAUCAAAACAAUCUUUAUUAAAAGACCAAUACUAUCAGCUGUAUUUUAUGAUGGAUACAUCUUAGGUGUAUCUGAUAUUCUUAAGAUAUUUAAUAAUAGUAGAAUGGUGGAUAUUGUUAAUGUUAACAUUAGUAAUGGUUGGUCAUUUGAUUAUCCUUUUAUUUGUGGUGAUAACAAAAUAGUUAAAUUGAGUUGUGAAUAUGAAAAUAGUAAUGAUCUUAAAGAAAAGGAGACUUAUCUUUUGAGAAAUGAUUUUAAGUCACUAAUGAAAAUAGAAGAAGAUUGUAAAGCUCAAUUUGGAAUUAUUAAAAAUUUUAUUAAAUUGAAAGAAAAGUCCAAAUUAGGAAAUGAUAUACUUCUAGAAGAGUUAGUUAAAGAAUGUAAAAAUAUUGGUAAAAUGUUGGUUUUAAAUGGUCAGUUAAAAGAUUUAGAACUUUUUAACAAACUAUUAGAAGAUAAUUUUGAUGGAAUUGAUUUAAAGUAUAAAAAAGAAUUAGAAUCAAUUCUUUACAAACAUUUGAAUGUUGUAGAUGAUCUUUAUUUUAAAUUAAAUUUAAAUUAA